AUGCCGUGCUUGGAUGAUGGGCGGCCUUUUUCCCAUGGAGGACCUUUUUCCUAUGUCAUUGCCGAUGUCAUUGCCUGCGAGCAGCAUCUUUGUCCUUCAUGCAGGACCCCAAUGACGCGAAAGCUUCGAUUACGCGAAGCCAAGAGUCGGAGCUUUGGCACGAUGAAGGCUCUGAGCUACCGCCAGCCUUUGCUUUUGCCAAAGACAUCUUCCUUGCAGACGCACCUUGCGCGAGGAUGGCAGAAUUCCAGCUUGGAGCGCGCCUGA